ACUUCCUCUCUUCUUCUUCUCAGUUUCUUUAGUUUCUCCAAAAAAAUCUCCCAAAUCCAAGAGAAACUCUCUCCUCCGAUAUUUUCUUCGACUUAGUUUAUGAGCACUAAGGAGAAACCCACUCUUGGCGGUACGCGGAUUAAGACCCGCAAACGGAAUAUUGCUGCACCCCUGGACCCUGCAGCAUUUGCUGAUGCAGUAGUCCAGAUAUAUUUGGAUAAUGCUGGUGAUCUGGAACUUGUUGCCAAGAGCCUUGAAUCUUCAAAUCUUAACUUCUCAAGAUACGGUGAUACAUUCUUUGAGGUUGCUUUUGCUGGGGGCCGCAGACAACCAGGCACAAUUAAACCUGAUGAGGGGGAGCGCCAUCCGUACUCUGUCAUAGAGUGUGAGGCUAAACGGGAUGCCAUUUUGCCUUCUGUGAUCUACAUUCAGAAAAUCUUGCGCCGAAGGCCGUUUCUGAUAAAGAAUCUUGAAAAUGUUAUGCAAAAGCUCUUGCAGUCUUUGGAGCUUUUCGAGGAAAAUGAAAGGAAGAAACUUGCAAUUUUCUCAGCCCUUGUGUUUUCCCAGAAAUUAUCAGGAUUGCCUCCUGAGACUGUGUUCCAACCACUAUUCAAUGAUAAUCUAGUGGCGAAAGGGCUAGUUCUUUCAUUCAUAACAGACUUCUUCAAGGAUUAUCUGGUGGAUAAUACCCUUGAGGAUUUAAUUACCCUUCUGAAGCGAGGGAAAAUCGAGGACAAUCUGCUGCAGUUCUUCCCCUCCACAAAGCGAUCUGCUGAAGGUUUCUCCGAGCAUUUUACCAAGGCAGGGUUGGUUCCCUUGGUUGAAUACAACGAGAAAAAAAUAUUUGAGGUAAAACUUAAGGACAUGAAGUCUGCUUUGACAACGCAGAUAGUGGAGGAAUCUGAUGUAUCUGAAGUCAUUGAAACUGUCAAACAACGUGUUAAAGAUGCUAAAUUACCUGAUAUUGAGGUUAUACGGAUUCUCUGGGAUGUAAUAAUGGAUGCUGUUCAGUGGUCUGGAAAGAACCAGCAGCAGAAUGCAAAUUCAGCUUUGCGACAGGUCAAAACGUGGGCAAAGCUGUUAAAUUCUUUCUGCACCAGUGGAAACAUUGAGCUGGAACUUAUAUAUAAAGUCCAGAUGCAAUGCUAUGAGGAUGCAAAAUUGAUGAAGCUGUUUCCCGAGAUUGUGAAGUCUCUUUAUGAUCAGGAUGUCCUUGCAGAAGACACCAUUCUUCACUGGUUCCGCAAAGGAACAAACCUGAAGGGAAGGCAAACCUUUGUGAAGGCCCUGGAGCCAUUUGUGAAUUGGCUGGAGGAAGCAGAGGAAGAGGAAUAAGCAGUAUGGCUAACAAUCUAAGGUUAAAUUGUGAUAAAUGUUGGACUUGUUUUUAUUAGCACCAAAUUAUCAAAGACGCAUGGUAUGGGUGUUAAAUUAUAUGAACGUGCGAAGAUUUGGAUUUAUUUUAAUGAAAACGCAAUAUCUAUCUA